AUGAUCAAUAAGUGCGCGAUUCGUCUCCCAUCUUCUCCCGCCACCAGCGCCACCACGCCCCCUGUGCUGCAGGCGGGAGGGGCUGAGAGCAAGCUCGAGCCGGGGAACAGCGCGGAGAGCCGAGCCCCGAGUACGCCGGCGGAUGGCGCGCCGGAGAAACCGGCGGAGAAGCCGGGUCAGGGCAAGCAGAGUAUCCUGGAGCGCAUGAGCAGCGGGCUGAAGGGUGUCGGCGCCGCGAUCACGUCGGCGGCCAAGGGAGUGGCGGAGCGCGUGAGCACCAUGGCGGCCGCCAUCAGAAAGACGCUCGCUGGCUCUGCCAAACCAACUGCCGCCACUCCCGCGCCAGGCAAGGCACCUCCCGCUGCAGGCGCUGCUGCUGCGCUGGGCGGCACUGGAACGACCACGGGCGAGGCUGCUGGUGACGCUGAUGCCGCCGCUGCUGGCGGAGGUGGUGCAGCUCCUCCUGCGGAGCCCGCACAGGCGGCGGUCGGGGAAGGCAUUGUGAGCCCUGUGGAUGGCGGAAGCGGGAACGGUGCAUCUUCAGACUGA